AUUUAUUAAAUCAUGUCUGUCAUCAACAAAAUUGUAAAAAGUGCCAGUGAAAAUUAGAAUGUAGAAAUAUAAAAGUGAUCCAAUAUGCUAACAUUUCCAAAAUUAUUAGUAACUUCUAUUCAUCAUUUCGUCUACGAAAAAUUAGCUGUCAAACUUAAUUCAUUAUAUCGUCGAGCUACUACUACUGUCUCCGCAAAACACAAAGAUGCUUCCGCUUCAGUCAAAGUAAAGACGUCGAUAAUAUCAGCAGCUUCAGAAUCAAAACCACUAUCCCAAAAAGUUGCCCUCGUAACCGGUGGAUCGACACAAUCUGGUUUAAUUUGUGUUCAAGAACUGUUAAGAUGUGGCAUUAAGGGUGUUAUGUUUACAGAUAACGAUGAAAACCUAGGGCGAAAAAAACUAGACGAACUCUGUACGUGCUAUGACCCAAAUAGGGCUGCAUUUAUUCGGUCUGAUAUAAGAGACGUCCUGCUGUUAAGAAAUGCAUUUUUAAGUUCUAAAAAGCAUUUUUGCAGUCUGGACAUAAUCGUAAAUAUUAUUGAACAAUCAGAAAAAUGUAAGUGGACGGAGGAAAUCGACAAAAACUUGAAAGGCAUAGUGAGAAGUACAUUACUUGGCUACGAAUUCCUUAGUGCCCAGCAAGGAGGAAAAGGAGGCACUAUCUGCAAUCUUAUAGUUUCACCGUGCGUGGAAGAGAAAAACUUAUCACCCGUAUUAGUGGCCACCAGAAGUUACUUGAUGAGUUUUGGUCAAUCGAUGUCUUCGACAUUUAAUAAAUCCACUGGUGUUAAAAUUAUUACUGGUUUUGCAGACGAUGACAAAAGAGCUUUAAAAUCGGCCAAAGGACAAGAAGUUUCUUCGCAAAGUUUAACGACUAUGUUGGAAACCGCUGCUCCUGGAUCAGUUUGGACUUUACAAUUUUUGAAACAAAAGACCCAAUAACAAGAAAAUGAAAAAUUAACCAUAAUCGCGCUGUUAAUAGUAAACCAUCGCCUUGUUCAAUAAAAAGUGUGAAUAUUAUAUUAUUAAAACCAGUAAUCCAAUUU